CCAUAACAAUAACAGUAUGCCCUUGAGAAAGAACAAUAUUAUCAACAUACAGGGCACAUAUCGAAAAUAAAUUGUAAAGUUUCCUUAUUUCUGCUACCACAACGGAAUUCCUUCGCGAGUAAUUGACCAUUCUUUCCUCCUCUUAUUAUCUAUGGCUGUCGCGAGGCUGCUCCACUGCCAGUCCUCGCUCGCGCACCCUUCCGAUGUAUCACGCGCCCGCUGUGCUAGAAAGUGAACUUAUCGUGUUUCUCCCUUCACAUUAUCGAAGAAUGUUAUUUCAGUCAAUCAAAUCUAGAGCUAAGAUUGACGAUCUGGUUAUUAUCUGCAAACUCUGACCCAGUGCUUGUCCAUUUAUGAAAAGGUCAAGUAACUGCUUUGUCCCUUCACUCUACAGGAUCAAUUCACCCUCAGUUUGUGAUUAGCGAUCUGCGAUUAACAGAAGUGUUUCGAAAAAAGUGCAACUGAUGCUUCUCUCUUCUAUCACGUGAUUAAAGAAAGAGUGUCGUUUUAAUUCACUCACUAGACACUUGUAGGCGACGGCAGUGAGUUACAGGAGCAUGUUUCAGUAAGAAAAAAUAAAGUAUAAACUGAAGUGUUGAGGCAAAAGAAACAAGAUUAAACACAAGACUGCUGACACGAGAGGGAGAGUCUAUACUGUAUCACUGUCAUGUACAAAACACUACGGUAUAGCAGGACAUUUGGGAACUGGUUCGGGAAGAUGAUUGCAGUACUGGUGGUUGGCCUCGUCACCACUUUUUUGUUCUUCUGGGGAGACGCGCCCGCCAUCUUUCCUAUAACUGGACUCGUCAAAAAAAAUUUCACGCCAUUCUCUCGCUUCUCUUUCCCUCAAACAAUGAAUGGAGGUCACACAGCGAGGUCUGGUAUAACAUCAGCUGGGACAAACACAAGCUCCCCUGGUUGGCUGAGACACCUGUGCCCGCGAUAUCAAGAGGAGGAAGGUUACACAAAACUCACGUGGCAGACACCAACGGAGAACACAAUCUUCUUCACCCAAACCUCCUGCAGAGCCUUCCUAUUACCUCGAGAAGCGUGUGCGGUGGAGAGCGCCGCUUAUCGCAACACUGGCCGUCCACUGUUGGUUCUUUUUACAGCCCCCGCCCUCGACCUCACUCAUCCGCUUAUGAAGGUGUUGUCUGGCCUAGCGGGGGUGCGACUAGCGUGGCUGGAUCUGGACCAGCUGUUCUUGAAUUCCCCGCUUUCAGCUUGGCAUUCAGAUCGCCGCUGGAUGAUGAAUGAGGAACGCGCACCUACUUUUGUGAGCGACGCGGGGAGGGCGGAGCUUCUACGUGUGUAUGGCGGUACAUACCUGGACCUGGACGCUAUCACCCUCAGGGCACUCCCGCCGGUCACGUCUAGACCAUGGAUGGUGCGUGUGGACAGCGACUGGGUAACCAUCGCUGUCACUGGCUUCCCCAAGAGGCAUCCGUUCAUGCAGCGGAUGGUGGAAGACAUGCCCUCAUUCUUCGACGCAACACACUGCUGCUCCCUCGGGCCGGAAUUGGUCACGAGGAACCUCCGUCCCAUGUGUGCCGCCAACCUGACAGCUGCCCAGGAAGGCGAGCAGUGCCAAGACAUCACCAUCCUCCCCCGCCACCUCUUCGUCCCGCUGCACUUCGGCAAGGAACUCAAGCGACUGUUCAAGGACGACGCAGGGUACGGUGCCGCUUUCUUCAAUGUGAGCCAAGCCUACUCCCUGCACCUCUUCAACUCCCUGUCCCGCCGCGCCCUCAUCGCAGCCGACGGUGACACCAUAAUGGCGGAGACCUUCAGGAGGCACUGCCCAAAGGUGUUUGCGCAGGUGUCCUCCACGCAUGCGUUUUUUUAGUGCACAACAACAACAAUAAUAAAAAUAAUAAUAAUAAUAUAUCUAAAUCAGGCCGGCAAUCCCAUAAGGGGCGG